AUGAUAGCAACUGGAGGAGUCAUAACAGGACUGGCUGCCUUAAAAAGGCAAGACUCUGCCAGAUCUCAGCAACAUGUAAAUCUUGCCACAGCACCAGCUACUGAAGAGAAGAAACCAGUUAAACGCCGGCCCAGGACAGAUGUGGUGAUUGUCAGGGGCAAAAUCCGGCUCUAUUCUCCAUCAGGAUUCUUCCUUGUUUUGGGAGUGCUUAUCGCAUUUUUGGGCAUUGCAAUGGCCAUCCUUGGAUACUGGCCCCAAAAGGAACAGCUUUUAGGAUCUGAAAGUAAUCUACCUGUAAAUGAAACCCAGGUCCUGAGAAGCCAAGGAAGCAUUUUACUUCGUUUCUUUGAACAGCAUAUGCACUCAGAUAAGAUGAAAAUGCUGGGGCCCUUCACUAUGGGCAUCGGGAUCUUCAUUUUUAUUUGUGCAAAUGCCAUUCUGCAUGAAAACCGUGACAAGGAGACAAAAAUCAUACACAUGAGAGACAUAUACUCCACUGUAAUAGACAUCCACACCCUGAGGAUCAGGGAACAAAAGCAGCUGAGCGGUGCCUUCACGGGCUUGUUGGGGGAAGGAGAACUUGGGCACAGCGGGAGUUCCUGUGCGUCCCGGCUGGCUGCAAACACGGUUGCACCUUUCUCUGGCUUCAAGAGUCAUUUUAGGAUGGAUAGUUCUGCGGAAGAGGAUGAGAUUAUCGCAAAUGAAGACAGGACCUCUGGUAGCCUCCUGCCACCUUUGCUGACUGAGCAAACUGGUUCAGUCUUUGGACUUUACCCUCACUCCAGCAAGGCAUCAGAUGACAAAAACACUAGCUCUAUGAAGUGUGAAACAAAAUCCAUUGUAUCAUCUUCCAUUAGUGCUUUCACACUUCCAGUAAUUAAGCUGAAUAACUGUGUUAUUGAUGAGCCCAGUAUAGACAACAUAACUGAGGACUCAGAGAUCAGUAGGAGUCGGUCUAGAAAUCUGUCAAUGGAUUCUCUGGCCAUUCCUCUAACUGAUACCAAUGAUUCCUACAGACCAGCUGCUGUCAUGCUGCCACGACACAAUUCAUUUGUGGACACUCCAUCAGAUCAGUUCAAAUCUUCUAUGACUCUUGGGCCAAGCACAGGAAAGCUUUUAUCUCCUGGGGCUGCCAGGAAGCAGUUUGGGUCCAACACAUCUUUGCAUCUUCUGUCUUCACAUUCAAAGUCCCUGGACCUGGACAGAGGUCCAUCUACACUCACUGUACAGGCUGAACAAAGGAAACAUCCCAGCUGGCCCAGAUUGGAUCGGAGCAACAGUAAAGGUUACAUGAAACUAGAAAACAAAGAGGACCCAAUGGAUAGGUUACUUGUGCCACAGGCGGUGGUCAAGAAAGACUUUACUAAUAAGGAAAAGCUUCUUAUGAUAUCAAGAUCUCAUAAUAAUUUGAGUUUUGAACAUGAUGAGUUUUUGAGUAACAACCUGAAGCGAGGAACUUCUGAAACAAGAUUUUAAUAUUGAAAUUGCAAUUUAGAUUAUGUCAUACAGUAUUUUUAAAAAAAAUAUAAGAUUUUGACAAGUGUUUCCUUUUCAGUGAGACUAGUAUAAGCCUGUUUUUAACCAAAUGCUUACUAGCCCAUUAUAACUGGCUUGUGUGAACAGAGAUCUUCAUCUUUGUAAUGCCAAGAGAUUUUUGUCUUAGUAACAUACAGCUGCAGUACUGUAUAUUAUAAUUGCUGAGAGAGUUUGGGUACAACUGAUUCCUGUUUCUCCCGAGUCAUUAUUUCUUUUCUUCUAUAUAAGCAUGUUACUUUUUAUCAAUUUGACUCCAGAACCCUGCAUUAUGAAUAA